AUGGCUUCCCUAUUACCGUCGAAUGCCAUGUCCUCUCGGUUCGUACAGCUACCGUUCGAUGUUCACCAUCAAAUCGCAACCAAGCUCGAUGUCCGUUCUUUCGAUAACUUGGCCAGGACAUGCGAGUCUACGGCAACGUCUUUGGGUCCAGCUCGCCCUAUCUCCAGCGCAACCCGGGCCCAGGCAGACCCUCGCUCGCGUCGUCGACUCCCAAUCGGCUUUGCAACAGGCAUCUCCAUACUCAGCCUGUAUUAUAGCAUAUGCGAGUAG